GUCAAUCUUCAGCGCACCCAGGACACCGCUGUUGUACAUGGCCUCCCAAAUACUGUCAACAAUUACAGCUGUACGAGCUACAUUUAAGCCGGAUUGGAAGCCGAGAAAGGGCUUGUGUUUCUGAUGUCCAAGUACAAACUGUUUCUGCUGAGGCAUGGGGAGGGGAACUGGAACAAGGAGAACCGUUUCUGUAGCUGGGUUGACCAGAAGCUGAGCGAGGAUGGGGUAAAGGAGGCCCAGGACUGUGGAAGACUCCUGAAGGAGCAGGGCUACAAGUUUGAUUUAGUAUUCACCUCCAUACUCAGCCGUUCCAUCCAGACAGCAUGGCUGGUUCUGGAGGCCAUGGGUCAGGAGUGGGUCCCUGUUGUGAAGUCUUGGAGACUGAACGAGCGCCAUUAUGGUUCUCUGAUUGGCCUGAACCGGGCGGAGAUGGCUCUACAGCAUGGAGAGGAAAAGGUAAAGCGGUGGAGACGGAGUUAUGACAUCACGCCACCUCCAAUUGAUGAAUCCCACCCUUACUUCCUGGAAAUCUACAAUGACCGUAGAUACAGCACAUGUGACGUAGCCAAGGAGAACCUACCCCGGGCAGAGAGCCUGAAGGAGGUGCUGGACCGGCUGCUUCCAUACUGGGGCAGCACUGUGGUGCCAGAGAUAAGGAAAGGCAGGACUGUGCUCAUUUCUGCGCAUGGAAACAGCUGCAGGGCUCUGCUGAAACACCUGGAAGGUAUAUCAGAUGCGGAUAUCGCCAGUGUGACUUUACCUACAGGGAUACCUGUUCUGCUUGAACUGGAUGAAAACCUGAAACCUGUGAAACCUCGGCAGCUCUUGGGAGACCAGGCAAAGAUUCAGGCGGCAAUUAAAAAGGUGGAGGACCAGGGAAAAGCCAAACCAUCAACCUGAAUGCACUUAACUGCCUGUAAGACUUCAAAUAGCUCGACUUCCUUGUGCACACUUUUAUUAGGUACGGUAACACCUCUUAAAGACCCAGAAAUAACAAAUUUAAUAACACCAGAUAGGAACAACAAGUUGUUGCUUCUACGUAAAGGAUGUUUUGUAAAGAAAGUCUUACAGUGUAGUUGCUGUAGGUGUAAUAUUGGUCUGGCCUGGAUACAGAGCUUGUGUGUCACUGGUCAGACUGGUGUGACAGGGGCAGGAGAAAGUUCAGAGAUGUACUGUAAAUGUUUAUGCACUGUGUUGAGCUGUGUUAUGUGUAAGCACUGAGGAGGAGUUUGGUUGUGGCUGAUUUGUAUGCUAACUGUCCCAACUUAUGCCUGUACUGUGACCCUAACGUGGUUAUUUAUUUAUUUACUAGUUAACUACCUUGCUUAUCAAAAGUAUUGUGGUGGAACUGAACUAUCUUAAUAUUUGAAGCUCUUCUGUUACAGUGAAAAGCUUUAGGAGUAUUACCUUGCGUGUGUGCCUUCGGUAUGAACAUGGUGUUUAUCUUUUCUUUUUUUUUUUAAAUCAUUUUAUUUUCAGUAGAGCUUCAAAAGCUCUUUAGGGUGUUAAUAUUAGAGUGAAAACACUCUGUUCAGAAAUCUUACCUCAUAGACAUUGAUAACCAGGCUGUUCAUUCCAAGAGCAAGAAAAUGUGAGCCACUAAAGUGCUGUAAUUUUGAGAUACCCUCUGCUUUCCCAAGCAUUUGUUACUUUGGCCUGUUCAAUAUGAGUGAGUUGGAUUGCUGGAGUUUUUUUUUUUUUUUAUUAGUUUUUUUUAAAGGUUUACAUAGCAAAAUAACUUUUACUUGCAAACACCCAUGGCUCUCUGGUAUGAUAGCUGCUUUGUGUUUGACACACAGAAUAUUACGAGUAUAUAUUUUAUAUGACUUCCCCUUUAAAUGAAAUUGAACUACUGUGAAUGGUAAAUGCCAUGGCUUUUGUAUGCGCUUUAAAAGUUCAGUCUGAAAAAAAAAAAACAAGCGAUGUUUUGGUUUUUAUUUCCAAUUCUCAAAUUUUAUCAGACGUGCAAUUUGUAUUGCUUCUGUAAUGUUUAUCGCAAGCUGGAAAUGUUACGACUCACACUUGAGCUGGCAAAUUUAGCCUCAUACAAGCACUGUGUUAAGAUUCUACUGUGUGUGGCAAGAGCUACUUCACUGUGUUGUAUGGUAUAACGUGUCUCAUGUUGGUGUCCUGAUUACCUUGUCCUUUUUGUUGUGUUUCUCUGCCGCUGUUAUUUUGUUCACUAUUCUGUUAGGUCAACUGGAAAACAGGCAAAAACAUGCAUUUGUAAAUACUAAAGAGUCAUAACUGAUAUAUUUAAUGUCUUCCCUGCUGUUCACACUUCACAAUCCAAGCGUCUCCAUGAUUAAAUAAAAGGGACAAAUCUUUCA